AUGUCAAAGUUAUCAACAAAAACGACGACAUAUAAACUUCAUGCGCCCAAUUAUGUCUCAUCCUCGUCAGAUAACAACAACGAAACCAUCGAAAAAUAUAUGAUACCUUCACCGACACUUCCAGCAACCGCUAAAUCACCUUCCCCUAGUAGGAACAACAAUAAAGGGAUCAAACAAAGAAAAUCAAUAAAAUUCCGAUCAGAUGAUGACAAUAAUAAAUUUUCUACGAGACUCCGGAAAAAAUUAUCGAGAAUAAUCGAAUUGAUGACUUAUUUUAGGUUAAUCUUGGCUUUAACCCUUUAUUCAUUGAUUUUGGUUGAUGUUAUACAUAUACACAAGAAAAAAGAAAAACCAUUUUGGAUAGAAAUAUUUAUUCAAACGAUAAAUGCAGGAUUUAUAUUUCUAACGAUAGUUGGACAUCCAAAAAGGAUAAGAAAUUUACCAAGAGCCAUUCGAAUAUGUUGGGCAGUUAGGAGAGGAGAAAUACAAACUAUACUUUCAUUUUCAUCAACAUUUACCGAAAUACAAAAAACUCAAAUUAAUGUAGCAAGAGAUUAUAAAUGGUACGUUUAUGAUACUUUGGAUUCUUCUUUAAAUUGUACUCCCAUAAAGUUAUUAUCAAUUCUACUUAUAUGGAACAUUGGAACUUUAGCACAAUAUGGAAUAUCAGGAAUUUUGUGGUUCAUUCCACAAGCCAAACGACCCGAAAUUCCCUAUAUAACUCUGACGAUAAUAACAUCAAUUAGUGAAUUAUUGCCAAUACCUGCUGUCGUGAUUCAAUCUAAACGCGCUAGAAUGGCGCAUAACUAUGAAAUUCG